AUGGCUACCGAGAUGCAAUCCUUCUAUACUCCCUCGACCUCCACGCACAUUUCGUCUCACGCUCCCGCGGCGGUCGAUGAACUGAUCAACAAGUACUCCUCCACCAUGGCCACCGCCAAUAUUCCCGGAUCCAGUCACAUGGCCAUGAAGAAACCGCCUCGAAACGUCCUUCAGCGUCUCGUCGAUCGCGUCCGUCUGGAAUACUAUCGAUAUGAAGUCACCUUCGGCCUCUACGUCAUGACCCCCGGAGAGAAGCUCGUGGCCAACUCGUUCGUGAUCGUGGUCUUGUCCCUGCUGUUCUGGGCAUUGCUUCUCUAUUUCCCCGCGUUACUUUACCAGAAGCUGACCCGCCUCGUGUGGCUGUUGACGGGUCACAGCAGCGAGGAGAUGGGUGCCGCCCUGGGGAUCCUGGAGACACACGUCGGCUCGAUAUCGACCCCAUUCUCAGCGGAGAAUGCGCUCUGA